GACCAAAAAUCUAUCAAAAAAGCAAAUCAAUCACCUCAGCGAAAUUUUCUCAACUUGGCAAACUUACUGUUAGAAAAUGAGUCAAUGAACAACCCCAUGAAACCGACUGAGUACAAUGGAGUAAUCCUAUUUUCUUGAACGAACUAAAACCCAACAUUCCUCAACAAACAACUGUCAAAAUUUACUCUACUCCCAAACUAACCCCUUUUUCUCUCUCCUUUUCCUUUUCUUGAUUCUCCCUCUGUAAACCUAACCCAAUAAUUUCAGUUCAAGAUCUGAGUUUCUAAGUAUAGAAGAAAAAUGUCUUCUUUCUUUAUUUUCUUUCUAACAUUGCUCUCAUUUUUCCCAUUUCGACAAUGCAAUGGCCGUGUUUUUACAUUUGAAAUGCACCAUCGUUUCUCUGAAACAGUCAAGAAGUGGUCACUGCAGAAAAAAAUUGGUGGUCCACUUCAAAAUUGGCCUGUAAAAGGAAGUCUCCAAUACUAUACUCAGUUGGCUAACCAUGAUAAGUUGUUACACGGCAAGAAGCUCUUCAAAUUUGAUGGACCACUUACUUUCUCUGACGGAAAUUCCACUUUCCGGAUCAGUUCUCUUGGAUUCUUGCAUUAUACCACAGUGACAUUGGGGACGCCUGGUUUGAAGUUUCUUGUGGCUCUUGAUACUGGGAGUGAUUUAUUUUGGGUGCCUUGUGAAUGUGGCAGUUGUUCUUCUACUGAUGAUCCUACACUUGACAGCUCUGAUUUUGAGCUUAGCAUAUACAGCCUGAACGGAUCGUCAACUAGCAAGAAGGUCACCUGCAGCGAUAGCUUGUGUACAGAGCGCAAUAAUUGCCUUGGUGUAUAUAACCACUGCCCUUAUUCAGUAUCCUAUGUAUCCUCGGAAACUUCAACUUCAGGAAUUUUGGUGGAUGAUAUUUUGCAUUUGAGAACAGAAGACAAUGAGAAAAAAUUUGUUCAGGCGCGUGUGAUCUUUGGUUGUGGACAGGAGCAAACUGGUUCUUUUCUAGAUGUUGCAGCACCAAACGGUUUAUUUGGGCUUGGUCUCGAGAAUAUAUCAGUCCCUAGUAUUCUGUCUCGGGAAGGUUUUAUGGCAGAUUCCUUCUCCAUGUGCUUUGGUAGUGAUGGGGCAGGACGGAUUAGUUUUGGAGACAAGGGUAGCUUUGACCAGGAAGAGACCCCUUUUAAUAUAAACCCAUUACACCCAACAUAUAACAUUUCUGUGGAUCAAAUACGUGUUGGAGCAACUCUCGUUGAUUCAGGUUUUACAGCACUUUUUGAUACCGGAACCUCCUUUACAUAUCUUGCGGGCCUAUCCUAUACAAAGCUUUCAGAGAGUUUCCAUUCUCAAGUACGAGACAAGCGGCGUGCACCUGAUCCGAGGAUCCCUUUUGAAUAUUGUUAUGAUAUGAGUCCUGAUGCAAACACUAGCUUGAUUCCUAGUUUAAGCCUAACUAUGAAAGGGGGAGGCCAACUUGUUGUCACUGACCCAAUUAUUGUCAUAUCCAUGCAGAACCAACUCGUGUAUUGCCUGGCUGUUGUGAAGAGUCAAGAUCUAAAUAUAAUUGGACAAAACUUCAUGACUGGAUACCGCUUUGUGUUUGAUCGAGAAAAAAUCAUCCUUGGUUGGAAGAAGUUUGAUUGUUAUGACAUUGAGAAAAUAGACCAUUUCCCAUCACAGCCCGUUAAUACCACCAAUGUGCCACCUGCUGUUGCUGUUGGGCCUGGAAAUGAUAAUGCAGAAAAAUCAGAUGAAAGGACUACAAAUACUCCUCAAAGUUCUUUUGCAUCAUCUGUUUAUCAAACAUUGUUUUUGAACCUCAUAAACUACUAUCUCGCUAUAAUGUUGCUACUUUAUCAUAGCUAGUUAGCUUACCAUAUGCUCAUACUCGCGUAUGGUUGAAGUUCUCAGGAUUCAAGUAGGCUUUUAUCAUAGCUAGUUGACACGUAGUGCAGAUAACAAUCUUGCUGAGCUCCAAUAUGGUCAGAAAUUUUAGCGUUGGUUUGCCUGGUCCUAUUUGAUAUCGAGGCUAAACCAUAAUGUAAAUACAUAUAGGAAAGUUAUUUUUAUUCCAAGCCAAACCUUGUUUUUUUGGUAGCUUAUGUACAUUAUGAUUGCAAUAGAAGUAUAGAACAGUGAGAUUGUGUAGAGCCACCAUGUUCCACAGUCAUAGCUGCAAUUAUAUUCGA